CCGGAAUUGCCUCUACUUCUCUGUUUCUUUUUGCUUCCCCACUCCUUACUCCUCCUUUUGUUUUUUUAAUCCUUUUUUAGUCUUUUUUUUUGGGAGUUAUCUUCGCUUCACCGACAAUUAAAACAAGGUCUUCCGAAACACAUUUCUUUGUGGGCUGAGGAUCUGAUUGCUGACCCGCUGGCUGCUGGCAGAUAGCGAGUGUUUUUCUUCAUCUUUCCUUUCAUUAAUAUAGAUAUUCACUUUAUAUACACCUUUUCACCUGAUUCCCACCUCACUAAUCUGUUCAUUUCUGCUUUGUUGUGUUGGCGACUUUCACUCCGUUCUCUCUUAUCUCCUCUUUCCCCCACCCCCAAUUUGUCUUGUGGCUACUGGGCUUCUCCUCUUUGUUACCCAGAGAGAGAGAGAGAGAUAGAGAGGGUAGGGAUCAAUCUUCUGGGUAUUCAUGGCUUCCAAAUUGCUCUUAAUCAUCGUCUUCGUCUUUGAUCUCAUCGCUUUUGCUCUCGCCGUUGCUGCUGAGCAGCGUAGGAGUAAGGCUAAAAUCGUCCCUGAUUCUGAGCUAAAUUAUGACUACUGUGUCUAUGACUCGGACAUCGCAACUGGCUUUGGGGUGGGUGCAUUCUUGUUCCUGAUGGCUAGCCAAGUCCUUAUAAUGGUGGCAAGUAGGUGCUUCUGCUGUGGGAAGGCUCUGAGUCCCAGUGGUUCAAGGGCAUGGGCUGUUAUCCUCUUCAUCACUUGCUGGGUGACAUUUUUUAUUGCGGAGGUUUGCUUGCUUGCGGGUUCUGUGAGGAAUGCCUACCAUACCAGAUACAGAACAAUUGUUGAUGGAAGCAACACUCUUUCCUGCGAGGUCUUGAGAAAAGGAGUCUUUGGAGCAGGGGCAGCCUUCGUAGUAUUCACUGGCAUAUUCACUGAACUCUACUAUGUUUGCUACUCUAAGGCUAAGGAUGGGUUCAGAACCACCAACUUUGGCAAAGACACUGGCGUGGGGAUGGGAGCCUACAGCUGAGUUAGCAUACGAUACAUCAGUUAGCUAAGGAUGGAACUGUUUGCACUCUGGAUUUAUAAUGUUUGAUUCACACUUUGAGUUUCAUUUGGGGUUUCUUGUGGAGAUUAAUUUUGUUCAUUGGAUAUGGUAUUUGAUCUUAGUUUCUAUUCCGUAUAUAUAUUCUUUUCAUGUAA